UCACAUGACCUUGCGUGAUAGCGCGGUAGCCAUCUUGUGUUGUUGGUGCUGAGGUUUGGGUUUGGAUCCGAGAAACUCUCCGUCCGCGACCUCAGGUUAAUAUUUUUCAAAAAUGGCAGCAGAAACUCAGACACUUAACUUUGGGCCUGAAUGGCUUCGAGCUCUAUCAAGUGGUGGGAGUGUGACAUCUCCUCCUCUCUCUCCAGCUUUGCCAAAGUAUAAAUUAGCUGAUUAUCGUUAUGGGAGAGAAGAAAUGUUAGCACUUUUUCUGAAAGAUAAUAAGAUACCCUCAGACCUUCUGGAUAAGGAAUUUCUGCCCAUUCUACAAGAGGAGCCCCUACCGCCUUUGGCACUAGUACCUUUUACAGAAGAAGAACAGAGAAAUUUUUCACUAUCUGUAAAUAGUGCUGCUGUCCUACGAUUGAUGGGACGAGGAGGAGGAACAGUGGUGGGGGCUCCGCGAGGUCGAAGUUCCUCUAGAGGUCGAGGCAGAGGUCGAGGAGAAAGUGCUUUCUACCAAAGAAGUUUUGAUGAUGUGGAAGGUGGAUUUGGAAGAGGAGGGAGCAGAGAAAUGCAUAGAUCACAGAGCUGGGAGGAAAGGGGAGACAGAAGGUUUGAAAAAACAGGCAGAAAAGAACCAGUAAGACCAAAUUUUGAAGAAGCUGGAACUGUAACAGUAGGAAGGAAACAUGAAUUUGUACGCUCUGAAAGUGAGAAUUGGCGCCUAUUCAGAGAAGAACAAAAUGGUGAAGAUGAUGAUGGAGGUUGGCGACUUGCUGGUUCGCGAAGGGAUGGUGAGAGGUGGCGACCUCAUAGUCCAGACGGCCCUCGUUCUGCAGGCUGGAGAGAGCACAUGGAACGACGGCGAAGAUUUGAAUUUGAUUUUCGAGACCGAGAUGAUGAAAGGGGUUACCGAAGAGUACGAUGUGGCAGUGGCAGUAUGGAGGAUGAUAGGGAUAACCUUCCUGAAUGGUGCUUAGAAGAUGCUGAGGAGGAAAUGGGGACUUUUGACUCAUCUGGCGCAUUCCUGUCCUUAAAAAAAGUUCAAAAGGAACCAAUUCCUGAAGAACAGGAAAUGGAUUUCCAUCCUGUAGAGGAAAGAGAAGAUCAUUCUGAUUCAGAAGAAAAUCAUAAUGAAGAAGCCAAAGAAUUAGAUAAGACUCUUUUGAGAGAAGGCGUUAAGACAGAGCGAAUAAUAUCAGAAGUAACAGAAGAAACAGGAAAAGAAUCUUUACUGUCUACUAGAUCAGGUACCUCACCAAAACCACAGUCACAGGAGCCAUUACCAAUAAGCCUGAUUGAAAGGAAGGAAGACUGUAUUCUAGUAGCAACAGAAAAAUCAGAAUUUGAAGAAAGUGAAAUGGAGAAUAUUCCAUCAUCCAAAGUGCCCAAUAGAGAAGACUCUCCUUCUAUUGUCCAGUCUUUGCCACAAAUUCCUUCAGAAGCAGUUUCCAUUAUCCCUCCUUCAGAUUCUAGUCAAAAUUCUGCCUUAAGAUGUGUUCAAGCAUCAGUUAUGGCUGCUCCUGGUAUGGGAAAUGCUCUUACUGACCCUGACGAUGAAGAGGGUCUCAAACAUUUAGAACAGCAAGCAGAAAAAAUGGUGGCAUAUUUGCAAGAUAGUGCCUUGGAUGAUGAAAGAUUAGCAGCCAAACUUCAAGAGCAGAGAGCAAAGGGUACUUUAGUACCAUUACACCAUGAGUCCAUGCAAAAAUGGUUCUACAAAGAUCCUCAAGGAGAAAUUCAGGGUCCAUUCAGUAAUCAGGAGAUGACAGAGUGGUUCCAAGCUGGAUAUUUCACAAUGUCAUUAUUGGUGAAAAGAGCAUGUGAUGACAGUUUCCAGCCCCUUGGAGACAUCAUGAAAAUAUGGGGCAGGGUCCCUUUCACUCCAGGGCCAGCAUCAUCUCUGCAUAUGGGUGAGUUGGACCAAGAACGUCUGACUAGACAACAGGAAUUUACGGCCAUGUAUCAAAUGCAGCAUCUCCAGUACCAGCAAUUUUUGUUACAACAACAAUAUGCACAAGUGAUGGCACAACAGCAAAAAGCAGCUGUCUCAUCUCAGCAACAGCAGCAACUGACUCUCCUUUUGCAACAAUUCCAGGCACUUAAAAUGAGAAAAGUUGAACAGAACACGGUGCCACCUGUAACAAGGUCAAUGUCAGACACUAGUUCAAUUUGGGAACUUCAGUCAGCUGCUCCACAAACUACUGUCUGGGAAGGAAAUAGUGUCUGGGACCUCCCGAUUGAUACUGCAGCUCAGGGACCAGCUUUAGAACAGUUACAGCAGCUUGAAAAGGCCAAAGUUGCAAAGCUAGAGCAGGAACGGAGGGAAGUUGAAUUAAGGGCCAAAAGAGAAGAAGAAGAACGUAAGAGACAGGAGGAACUUCGGAGGCAACAGGAAGAACUAAUUAGGAGACAGGAGGAAGAAAGAAAAAGAAGAGAAGAAGAGGAGUUAGCUCGGAGGAAACAGGAAAACUCUGCCACAGCCUGGAAUUUGAUCCUGACAGGACUCAAGGUCGACUCAACCUUCCAUCCUUCCAAGGAGGAAGCCCUCAGGCGGCAACGGGAACAAGAAAUUGCACUAAGGAGGCAGCGAGAGGAAGAGGAAAGGCAACAACAGGAAGAAGCACUUAGAAGGUUGGAAGAAAGGAGAAGAGAAGAAGAGGAAAGACGGCAGCGAGAAGAGUUGCUUCGCAAACAGGAAGAGGAGGCUGCCAAAUGGGCACGUGAAGAAGAGGCCAAGCGUCAGAUAGAAGAAAACCGACUGCGCCUCGAAGAAGAAGCAGCUCAGCAGCGGCAAGAAGAGGAAGAACAGAAGCGGAAAGAGCUGGAACUCCAACGCCAGAAGGAAAUUAUGAGGCUGAGGCAGCAGCAGCAGGAAGCUUUGCGUCGAUUGCAGCAGCAGCAACAGCAGCAGCAACUCGCACAGAUGAAGCUCCCUUCUUCUUCAACAUGGGGUCAGCAAUCUAGUUCAAGAGCUUGUCAAUCACAGGCAACAUUAUCAUUAGCAGAAAUCCAAAAGCUUGAAGAAGAAAGAGAAAAACAACUUCGAGAAGAGCAAAGGCGUCAACAGCGUGAACUAAUGAAAGCUCUCCAGCAGGAACAGCAGCAGCAGCAACAGAAGCUGUCUGGUUGGGGAAAUGUUGCCAAGUCUGCCGGCACUACAAAAUCUCUCUUGGAGAUACAGCAGGAAGAGGCAAGGCAGAUGCAGAAGCAGCAACAUCAGCAGCAGCAGCAACAGAGCAGAUCCCGCAGUAGUACACAACAUUCAAAUCGGCAUACCAGCAUUGGCAAUUCAGUAUGGGGUUCUCUAAGCACAAAUCCUAGCAGCCAAUGGGCAUCAGAUCUUGUCAGUAGUAUUUGGAGUAAUGCUGAUACAAAAAAUUCAAACAUGGGAUUCUGGGAUGAUGCAAUCAAAGAAGUGGGUCCCCGUAAUGCAACUAAUAAAAACAAGAACAAUGCUAGCAUCAGUAAAUCUAUAGGUGUUACAAGCAGGCAUAAUAAGAAGGUAGAAGAAGAAGAAAAAUUAUUGAAAUUGUUUCAGGGAGUUAAUAAACCUCAGGAUGGAUUCACUCAGUGGUGUGAACAAAUGCUUCAUGCACUCAACACAGCUAACAACUUGGAUGUUCCCACAUUUGUUUCUUUCCUGAAAGAAGUGGAAUCUCCUUACGAGGUUCAUGAUUACAUCAGAGCUUAUCUUGGGGACACCCCUGAAGCCAAGGAAUUUGCCAAGCAGUUUCUUGAGCGCCGUGCCAAACAAAAAGCCAACCAACAACGGCAGCAGCAGGAUUCUGUAUGGGGGAUGAACCAUAGUUCUUUGCAUUCAGUCUUUCAAACUAAUCAGAGCAACAAUCAGCAAUCCAGUUUUGAAGCAGUGCAGAGUGGCAAAAAGAAGAAGAAACAAAAAAUGGUUCGUGCAGAUCCCAGCUUGUUAGGUUUCUCAGUUAAUGCUUCAUCAGAACGGCUCAAUAUGGGAGAAAUAGAGACUUUGGAUGACUACUGAGUAAAUACCACUCACCUGGCUUUUCCAGUGUCUGUUAACCAUGCAUUCUCCACUGCCGGACAGAGUCCUUUCUCUUCACUGCUCUCAUCUUUGCCUUGCAAAUGGAUCACAGAAUCAAUCAUCUCAGGCUGCUGUUUUUAGCUUCAACAAAUGCUUUCUGCCCAGGAUUGCACAGCCACCUUCAUUUAUAUUGGUCUUUGAUUUUUGUACUGGGUAGACAGAAAAGAAGAUUUAUUCAAGAGGUUGAAUUCAAAGCACUGUGAGUGAUUUUUUUUUUCUCCCAAGCUAUUUGGAAAGCCAUCUGUAGGUCUACUUAUGGUAGCUUCCUUUGCUUCUGUCAUCACUUUCACAACAAUAAGCCCGUGCAAUCAUGGUGGAGAGCUCAUGGUUAACAGAUGUCAUUCAGAACCAAAACGCCAUGCAGAUACUGACUUCCAUGCCUUCCAGUUUCAGGAGGUACAUUCAUAAGUUAACUGUAAAACUGCCAACAGCAGAAAAUUUUUGUGGUGGGCAGCAUUCAGCUUGGAUUGGCCUGGCAUUGCACAUCCCUGUCAGCCUAUCUUCAGCACAUUGCAUUUGGGGAAGCUCAAGUCUGUCUUCAUUAAGUGGUGGUGUCAACGCUACUUGAGUUCAGGCUUCAGCACAUCCAGCCUUCUUGAACAAUUGGGGACUCAAGUUGUGGGAGGAGGCACUUACUUCAGGCUGAAUUUCUCCUGUAAUUCUCUUUCCUCCAUUGUGAUUGGGCCAGUUAUUUUGGACCCUUCUGCUGUGAAUUUGUCUCGUUUCAGAGACACAUAGGAUCUUUACCAUAUGUAUGUUCAUCAGUUGGCUUUGUAUGAGAAUUUGACACUACCUUUGAAGCAUGAAAUGUAGCCAGAUUUUCAUCUGGUUACAUGUGAUGGUGAUUCAGGAUUUUGUAAGUUCUGCAGCAGCAUUAUGCCAAGGAACAGGAGAUGUCGUCUUCAAAGAAAAAUAAACGACACAAGGAACUUGAGCAUUGGCAGUGUCUGUGUUUGUAAAAAAAAAAAAA